CUGAGCAUAGCAAACUGCGCAGAACGAUGAACAAUUGAUGUGGUAGGAAGUUACACAGCAUACAGCAUAUCGGGUUGUAUUUCAAAAGGAGCUACUUCAAACGGUAUUCACUUUUACAAGGUCCUUCCUCGACUGGCAUAUCAAAGCAUCGGGAUGUUUAACCCGCACCAUCAUCACCACCAACAGCAGCAGCAAUUCCACCAGCAUGUGCGGCAGCUUCAGCAACUGUUUCAACAGCAGCGGCCGCCUCCACCACCGCCCCCUCCUCCGCCACCGCAGCCUCCUCCGUCCCAUCACAUGCAGCAUCACCAUCAGAGUGGUCGGCCGAUCGCGGUGGCGGCUCCGGCCCCCCCUCCCCCCCGCAUGGUCAACCUGUGCCCUGCUACGCAGGCUGCCAUUAUCGCCCCCAACCCCAUGCUGCAGGGGGCGCUACUCAUGCAGCAGAUGCAAGCAGGGGGCAUGCGUGGGUUCGCCAUGGGGGGGCAGCAGUUCCCCCAGUUCUUCCCCGCAGGCUCUCGCUCCUCCCUCCUCGGACCCGUGCCCAUGGGCGUGGCCAUCAAGACCCCACACAUCGGCUUCGCCCCACGCCACUUCAACCCGCACGCCCGCUACAUGAACAAUGACUACGCCUCUCGGCAAAUGGACAGGAAACGUGAGAACGAGCAGAAACCAGCGGCCACCUCAGAGGCACAACAGGGCAUCAGUACCAGAGAUGAGGCUGCCGUGCCAUUGGCUGAUGGACCAAGCGAUGCCAGAGCACAACAACAGGAGCAGGAGGAGCCCGCCCAGAAGAAGGCCCGCACUGAAGGGGCAGAGGGAGGUGCAGAAGAUGGCCAGAGUCCUGCUGGAGAUGCCAACCCCACAGAGUUUUCAAAGCUGGAGGAAGGUGUGAGCGCAGCCAGGCCAGUUGUGCACGAGGUCCUGGAGCAGAGCAGAGCAGCCCAGGGAGGGGAGAAGGAGAAUGGGGAGAGCCAGAUGUUGGUGGGUGAGGCAGAGGAGGGGGCGGAGGAGCCGUCUAAGGAGGUGAGCAGCGCUGGGCCUGCUGCAGGAGGCCAGGAGGAGGGCAAAGAGGGAGGAGGACCUGGAGGAGGAGAGGGGGCCUCCAACAAGUACUACUGCUACAUCUGCAACAUCACCUGUCAUAACCAGCAGAACUUCCAGGGCCACAUGAAUGGGCUGGCCCACCAGCAGCGCAUGAUGGAGAUCCAGCACAUGAGCAACGCCUGCCUGGUCACCCUGCUGCCCAAAGUACAGGAGUCCCUACAGGGCACACGCAGAGACGGGGAGAAGAGGCCCGGUCUGCAGAGGUGGUGUGCAGCCUGCCAGACACACUUCACCUGUAACGUCAUGGAGCACCGCCGCACCAAGGAACACAAGCUGUGCAGCCGCACCAGCAGCCCCUGCUGCACGCCCUGCAGGCUGCAGUUCAGGACGUCACGAGAGUUCGUGGAGCACAUGCAGACGCCCGAGCACCAGCAGAAAGUACAGGAGCUGCGUGAGCGGCGGGCAGCUGGGCUGGAGGACCUGACCACUCUGGAUGAAAAGGGAUGCUUCGUUGGAGAGGAGGAGCUGGAGGAGAAGGAUGAUGAUGUGGAAGAUGAAGCCAAUGGACAGGCGGCGCCAGAGGUCACUUUGGAGGACAUGGGAGACGAUGAGGAGUUCGACUCACACACAAUUUAUGGUUCUAGCUUCUUGGUUCCGGCGGCUGGCUUCCUGUGUCGCCUCUGCAACAGGUUCUACCAUUUCGAGUCCACCGCACGCCACGCCCACUGCAAGUCCCAGCAGCACUUUGACAACCUCAAGAAGUACAGAGCUCUGCGAAAGCAGCAGGAGGAGGAGGAGAAGGAGGAGCAGGCUGCAGCCGCGGCAGCGACGUCGGCGACGACAACCUCAGGAGCAGACGCGCCGGGUCCAGAGGACAACCACCCCGACCCCCAGGACCAGGAGAUGACUCCCAGCCAUGACCAGCAGGGCGGCGACACCAGCACUCACUCUCCGCCAGCGCUGGACCUCCACCAAGACCAGGAGCAGGAGGAGGCUUGUGACCUCAGCCGCACCUCCACCUCCUCCCCAGACAAGCCACCCAAUCUGGGCACGCAGGCAGCAUCCACGCUCCAUCCCACAGCACCUCAGGAGGACGACCAGAGCUGCCAGCUAACCCAGGCAACCAUCAGCAUCAGUACCAGCGGUGGCCAUGACAAGGAAGAAGAUGAUGACGACGAUGAUGUCAUCUGCCUGGAGUCGUCAUCCUCCGCCCGACCAGCAGGGGCAGCAGAGCAGCAGGGAAGACAGGAGGCCCCCGUCGCACCAGUGGAGGAGGAGGAGGCCACACCUGAGGCCCAGAAAGUUGCAGGGGAAGCAGAGGUUAAACUGGAGGAGGAGGAGGAGGUGAAGGCUGAGGCUGAGGCCGAGGCCGAGGAGGUGGUCGUGGUGCCCUCUAGUGGCAGCAAAGGGAGAGGAAGAGGAGCAGCCAAGAGGAAGGGAAGAGCCACACGGAGACGCUGAGGAGAUGCGGAGAGAGGGAGGGAGGGAUGAAUGGAUGGAUGGAUGGAUGGAUGGAUGGAUGGAUGGCUGGUGAAAAGAGGAGGAGGGAUGUAGAAAGAGUAGGGGUGGAUUUUGUCAUACAUGGGAGAGAAGCCUUUCAUGGGGUUUUUAAAAAGAAUUUUAACCCUUUCAUGCGUAUAUUUGUAGCAUAAAAGGAGCUCUUGUAAAUGUACGAAAUCUGUGUGAUCUGCAAAGGCUUAAAUGUCGACACACAUUUUUUUUUUUUAAGACCCCUUCACCUGCACAUCUUAAAGAAUUAGUACACACCCCUUAAUACAACUGAAUGCAGACAGUGAGGGCAGUAGUAAGUCACAGAAUAUUGCCCAGUGUAUUAUUCUAGAUGAGAUGAUGCCCUGUGUCACAUUGCAAUCUUAAAGGGAAUCACGAGUCACAGUCCAUUUCAAAACCAAACCCAUCGCAGUAUUUUGUGAUAAAGUUUAGAAUUGUUGAUUAUGUGGGCAGUUUCUGCCCCGUUUUGGCUCUUGUCAAGAAAGUUCUUGUACUCUGUUGGGAGUAAUGAAGUGAAGUAAGGCUGUAGCAAUGUCUUGGACGGUCACGGUCUUAUUUGGGUUACUUGCUGGUGAUAGGGUUCCAUGUAGGAGUGGGAGAAAUUUCCCCCCUGACCUACAUGCAUGGAAGGGUUAAAAAACAAACAGGCAAUUGUGGUGCUGUCUUUUUGAGGCACCUUUUAUCAUGAAUAAUUAUUUGUUUUUGCUGCCUCAAGGCAGUGUAAACCUCUUUGUGGCUCAGAUUGUUUGCAACGACUUCUCAGCUUUUAGAGUGGCUUCUCCCCAAUUUUAAAAGAAGAAGAAAAAAGAAAAACCCGUUGGGGAAAAGCAAACUGAUUAAAAAAUAAUAAUAAUUAAAAACCAAGGGAACAUUAGCGGUACGAUUUACUCUUGAAAACUGAUUGUUGCUUGAUGCCCUUCAACACAGCCAGUGUUACUGGUCCAAGAUUUUUCACACGAAGACAAUGAUGGUUGUGGUGAUGGUGCUGGUGGUGGUGAUGAAGAGCUGUCAGAGGAUGAAGAUGAACCCUCCUCUCCCUCUAAGGGAUGGUGCAGAGGGGGGGGUGAUUGUGCUAAGGGUGCCGGUAUGCUUGCUGCAAGAUACGCGAGCGCGUGCACGAUUCGUUCAUGAACGCGUUAACAUGCGUAUUUAAUGUCAAUUUCGCGCGCGUUGGACACGGCAGCCAAAUGCGUGCGUCAGGUGCAAUAUCUUCAAACUCGCUGGGGCGAUCUAAGAUAGACCGUGCAGUUCCACGCGUGUGCUUGAUAUGAAAACGACAAUGGCAGCAACUUUUAAGAGCGUCUCGAGUUUGUCCGAAAUUUCAAACAUUUGUGAUCAUACUUGCAAGCAAGCAUGUGCUGUCGGUUGCUCGCGGUGACGCGCGUAAUUUACAGCUCGCAGCAAGCAUACCGGCACCUUAAGGAGGAGGUUCCCAUCAUAGGUACUCCUUCUCCUUCAUAAGUCCUUCUGCUCCUCCUUCUCCCACUACUGCCUCUCCAUGAUCUCAAGAAAAUGAAUACUUCUCUCAGGUUGGCCCCUCAAGUCUCCCCUCUCACUCCUGCUGGAUGGAUGGAUGAAUGGAUCGUGAGAAGGAAGGAUGGACGGACGGAUGGAUGGAUGAAUGGAUCGCGAGAAGGAUCGAUGGAUGGACGGAUGUUUGCUUGCUUAGUGUCCGCACUUGAACGGAUGAGACUGUUGUGAGGGCGGAGGUCAUGCGAUUGAGAAACUGAAACUUUUCAACACUGCUGCUUGCUUACUGCUGACACCCACUGGACUGGAGUAGAAAACGCAAAAGAGAAAAAAAAAUACACCUCCAGGCAGGACUUGUCCAGUGCGAUACCUACUGUCUGUUGUUUCAGGACACAGUACUGUAUGUGUGUGAAAGAGUGAGUGCUCCAACCCAUCAUCUCCUCAGCCAAGAGGGGAUGGGUCUUUUUAUUUUAUUUUAUUUUAUUUCAAAAUUGUUUUAGCCUAUUUUUAAUCCCACCACACAGCCACGGAUGGAGAACUAGGGGAACCUUGUGAGAUCAUACCAGCAGCCGCCUCUGUUAGGGAAGGGGUAGACCUCUUCAGGGAAAUAGUAGACUCCUCAUCACGUAACGCAGAAUGAACUGCACAGUACGCUACUGCUUUGCUUGAGCAACCUCAGCAGAUCUGUAUUGAUAUUGAUAUUGAUGAAGGCUGUGCCUGUUUUGCUUUGUUUGCAUUGUUAUUGUAUUUCUUUGUUUUUGUAAUUGGUUUUGUUUUCCAUUGUGUAGUUGUUUUGGAGUUUUGGAAUUAAUGUUGGCUCAGGUAGAGUUAGUGUCAUCUCUGAAGGCAUUAGAAAACUGGCAGUGCUUUUUGUUUUCCCCUUCUGUUUAUUUUGUAACUUGGCUUCGCCAAACAAUUGUGGCCUAGAGGACCUGGGAGAGUAUGCCAAUAACCUGGCUAAGUAAUGAUUCAGGUUAAGAUAACCUUAAGGUAGUGGUAUAUCAUGCAAUAGAAGAGCCAGGAGUCCUCAUUUCCUUAGCGAAAUGACACCUGUGGACGAUCUAUUAGUAGAUGUACCACUUCAUGUAGGUUAACUUAUCCGGGUUUAUUACUUAACCAUGUUCAUGGAAUACUCGCCUGGACAUUUGUCUUCCCAGUUUUGUGUUUUGGUAUUUCUUUUGCUUAUUUCUUGUUACUCUGAUUACUUUCCAGGGGGCAUUCUAAGAAAGCAUGAUAGGUCGGACAAGUGUUGACACAAAAGCAUUUUAGUGUCUGCUGUGGUUGUAAAUUAGUUGUCUGAGGCAUCGUUAUCUGUCUUACAAAGGCUGGUGUCCGUGACUAACACUAGUCGGGUGUUCCAAGACAGUGGUUCAGUAGUACACCACACUAGAGUAAUCUGGAGGUAGUGGUAAUUCAGCUAAUAAAAGAGCCUGAGUCUUUGUUUUCUUAACUAUGUGACACCCGUGGGCCAUCUAUGUACAGUAUAAGCUGUUGGUUAACUUGGCCAGGUUUAUUAUGGUACUUCACCGUGUUUGGAAUACUCCCCUUGAUUUACUCCUUUUUGUUGGUGAAUUAAGCAAGGCUUAUUACCAGGGCUCUAAAUUAACUUUUUUCAUCACCAGCCAAAAUGUCUAGUAGAUGUUAAUCUCACUACCCAAACACACACUCACUAAUGGAUCAAAGUGGCUAGUAAGUUGGUAUUUUCUACCAGUCAAGCUCAAAUUUCAUCAGCAUUUGGCCAGUUGGCUGGUUUUAAUUUAGAGCCCUGCUUAUUACUAAACAAGGUUCUUGGAAUCUCCCCCCCCCCCAGUUUUAGUCAUCUAAACUGGGUAUGUUAAAGUCAGACAAAGGGGUAAAAGCUACUAGAACUUUUGCUUGAAGAAUGAACCCGUAUUCCCCCUUUUAGAAUAUACUACAAAUCUCAUUAAUUUUGCUGGAUAACCGGUAGUCACAAAACCACAUACUGUAUAUUUGCAAUACCCCUCUUUAAAAAAAAAAAGUCUCUCAAAAAAGUCCUCACACCCCCAAAAUCCUGUGGGUCUGUCUUGCGUUGGUCGCUUAUUUUUGUAUUUAUUUGUUAUUGCACUGCUCUGUGAUGUCACUGAAAAAAAGAGAAUUGUUUCCUUUUUAUUUUUUAACAUGAGUACAGCUGAGUGUGUUUGAAUGUAAUCUUUUAAGAGCUGUUCGGUUUGACAAAAAAAAACACACACACACACACACAUCCCAUCACAAUUUACACCACACGAAUAACUGUAGGAUGUACAAUUAGAAUUUAAUUCAGAGUAUCUAUCCCCUUUCGACAAAACACAGAGCGAUGAGUCCUCUGACCCAGAGGCGUAUCUUGCCACCAGGCAAGGCAGGCAGCCGCUUGGGGCCCCCAAGCCCCUAGACAGCAAAUAACAGCUCAGAAUUUACUACAGUAGUGACAAUUUUGUUUCAAAUGCUCAUUCUUUUCAAUUUUUUUGCAUGGGGCUCCUGCUGUCCCUAGAAGCGCCUCUGCUCUGACCUCAGAAAGGUCGAGUUUGUAUUCUCAAGAAAUGGAAUUAAAAGGGUGACAUCAAUCAUCUGUUAUUUUGUAGCAUUUCCAGUAGCCAAACCCAAGACAGUACCGUAAGAACCAGCAUAUAUUCACAAGACAGUACCGUAAGAACCAGCAUAUAUUCACUCUGGACAGGCGUGAGAAACGCCACAGUUGCACUGGACAGUAUUUUAUUGUAUUUCAAUGCCUUUUGUCCCACUUUUUUGCUGGCGGCCUUUUUCACUUUAAGAAGUCAGUUUCACUCAGUCUCUUGCAAGCUCCCCUGAGGUACAUUUGUUAGGAGUCUUGCAGUACGUGGGGAAUUUUUAAGUAGAGGAGUACCGUAGUUUUGCAUAUUUUUGUGUCGCUUCAUGUUAGAGGUCUGCAGUCAAGUCAAUAGAUGCAGUCUAUUUUUUCACCACUGGGUUGUAAAUGUAAUCAUCCUAACAUGGUCCCAUUCUCAUUAUAUUCAGCAGUGCACUGUGAGGUGCAUUUGUCCAUAGAAGUGGCUGUCCACACAGAGACCCAUGUGUUGGACUCUCGCCCACAUCAGAUGGAGCCCUACGAUUCAUUGACAUGAUGAUCAUAUAUCUGUGCGGAUAUAUUUGUAUUGAUCAAGGCCAGCUAUACCCACCCUUUUUGAAGUUGUACAUAGAUACACAGCUGGGGUCAUAUCUACUAAUAAAGACAGGGCCAGACUUGUAGACUAUUUGAUUACGGACGUAAGAGAAUAGGAGGGAAGGUAGGGUGAGACUGGGGCGAAUAGGUUUUCAUAACAUUUUUAUUCUUCAAAUGAUGAAACAGAAAUGAACAAAAAGUGUUGUUUUUUAGCAGCUGGAAGUCUCAUGUAUUUUUGGAUGUUUUCUGUAUUUGGGUCCUUUUAAUUUAUAUUAAAAAAAUAUUUGAUGAUUACA